AUGCUAGCUUGGGGAGUCUUAGAAUUUGGCAAAGCUAUGGGCCCAGACCUUCCUCAUGCUCUAGAGGCUGUGAGGUGGGCCACUGACUACUUCCUUAAAGCCACCGCUGUCCCCGGCGUUGUCUAUGCCCAGGUCGGCGACCCCUACCUCGACCACUACUGCUGGGAGCGGCCGGAGGCCAUGGACACCCCUCGGACCACCUACGCAGUGUUUGAAUUUGCAGAUGAGUACCAGGGAUCCUACAAUGAUAGCUUAAGGUCGGCAGUCUGUCCAUUUCUAUUGUUUCCAAUGGCUACAAGCGGCAUGGCUAUUUGCCUGGUUGUGGUAACUAAUAUGGCUAGUGGUUAUUAUUGA